AUGGUUUCGACGAAGCAGGAGCUGUUGCAAAAGUACGAGGGGACUUUUACACUCUCUUGUCAGAGGUGCUGCCGGGAUUCAAUCUUCACGCCGUGCAAGGCAGGCGACAGCAGAUGUGCCAAGCAGCAUACUCUAGGGAACGACUGGGAUCUUGUUCUUGCAUAUGAGAAGCCUGUGGAUGAGGAGCUGGUACCCCCUACCAUCAUCCGGCAACCCUGGAGUGCUUGUCAUAACACUCUCUGCAAAAGCGGUUGCGGCAGGGACUGGUGCAAAUAUGCCCACAGCGAAGUGGAGCUCGACGUCUGGAAUAUCCUAGGAACCACUUUUGUUCAGAUGGCCGACUUGGUUACAGAGCCACGGUUCCUCUUCGGGGAGGAAGACAAUUUCAGCUGCCAGUUGUGCGACCUUGCUUAUGAAACAGAGGCACAGUUCUGGAAUCACGUCCACUCGGAAGAGCACAUGACUUGCAUGCACUCUCCGACGCGAGAUUGGGCCUGCAAAACCCGACGGCCUCCGGAGGAAUACGCUCUGGGACUAUGCUAUUAUUUUCCCCAUGGUCGUUGCUACCGUGGGCGCAAUUGCGCAUACGCCCAUUCAGAAGAGGAGUGGCGUGAAUGGCGAGGUUGGGAUGCCAGGAAGCGAAACC